AUGGCUUUCUCCAUGUCGCUCUCCUCGGACAUGCUCCGUGGGGCCUCUACGGCCGGGAGCGGCGGAGACUGCGCAGCUGCCCGGUCCCACCGUAGCCGAGGGAGCACGGGGCUCGGCGUUCGGGCCCCUGGGCCUCGGGGAGACGGGCAGCAGCCGCUCCCAGGGACCGGCGGGGGUGAGGGCCCCGGCGCCGGUUCCGCUUCGGUGGGCGGCUCUAGGCUGGCGGCGGCGGCCCCCGGGGACAAGCCUUUGUGCUGGGCCCCGCGCGGCCGCCUCCCGGCUUCAUCCCCGGCCGGGGAGGCAAGCUCCCGGGGCAGGGCGAGGCGGGGAGGGCCCCCGUCCGGGGCGCGAUGCAGAGGCCUCGCGGGGCCGUCGAUUAGGCCUGGGCUCGCCAGGUCCUAAUGAGGAACCUGCGCCUCCGUCUCCGCCGCCGGCACCGCUGCGAAGCCGAAGCCGAGGCCGAGGCCGCCGCCGCCGCUGCUGCUCCCGAUGCCGCUUCAGCGCCACACAUCGCCGGGACACCCGCGCCGGGCAGCCCUGCCGGCCGGCCGCCCGCCUGCCGGCUCUGUGUCCCGCCUGAGCUACGGGCCGCCCCUCCUGCCGCCCGACUCCUUUCCCCCACGGCUGCACGCGCUGCUCGCCGCCGUCCGCGGGGGUUUCCGAGUGCCCCCAAAUCACGAGGUUGAUUUGCAGGCGUCUGCCAGGGCCCCCUCAAGCUGCGCCAUACUCAAGACAGGCCCCGGGGCCCUCCGCAGCGCUGGCGUCGCGCUGAUGGCGUAAGACGCGGGCGGAGGCACUGGAGAACGCAGCCUGACUGGAGUGGCAUUCGCGCUCCUGGUUUCCUCUCCCCGGCGGAGAAAGAGGUUCGUUCCGCCAGAAACAGCCUUCGCGAAGGAGCCGGGACGGGAUGUUUCAACUCCGGAUGAAGAAGAGGAAACGGAGGUCCUGGACGGGUCCAGCGGUUACGUAGCUGAGAAGUGGUCAAGUCCGAAUUGGAACCCACGUUUGUGCCCCUUCCACUACACCAACUACCUGUCCCAGGACCUAGUACGAGCUGUUGGUAGAUCGCCUCUUGGUGGGUCUUCAUUCGUUCAGUUACGUACUGAGCACCACCGUGUAGCAGCCCUGCCCAGCACUUGGGAAACAACAGAAACAACAGAUCCUCAGUGGAUCUUACUUUCAGGAAAGCUAAGCAGCAAAUAAACAGAGGGAGACACAGAGUUUGUAGAUACUAAGAAGAAAAUGAACAGGAUGCUGAGGUAAGAGGAUAACUGGAUGUGGGGACUUUUCCUAGUUGAUGAUCAGGGAAGGGUUCCUAGGAGGUAACAUUUAAGCUGAGACCCCUGAGAAACGAGAAGGAGCUGACCGUUGGAAAUCUGAGGAGGAGAUUUCUGGGCGGGUGGACCAGCAGAUGCAAAAAAUCUUAAAGUGCAAAUAAGCUGAAUAUGUUCAAGGACCAGCAGAAUGUUCACCGUAGCUGGAGCAGAGCAAGAGGAAGGAGAAAAUGACAAAGAAUGAGGUUGGAGAAGUGGGCCGGGGCUGUAUCAUACACCCUAGGGUCAUGGUAAUGACUUUAGAUUUUAUUCUAUGACUGGAAGGUCUUUAACCAAAGAGUGAUGCGGUCGAAGUUAGUUAUGUUUUGAAAGAUCAUUCUGCUAGAUAGAGAAAUAUGGGCAAGCAAGAGUGGAGACAUGGAGAGCUGUUAAGAGGCUAUUGGCAUAAUCCAGAUGAGAGAUUAUUUUGAUGCUUGAACUCAGGCACUGGCAGCAAAGAUGGGGUGGAGGGAUUUAUGGUAUGUUUUGGGAUAGAGUUGACAGUAUUUCCUGAAGGAUUCGAUAUGGAAGGUAAGAAUAAGAAAUGAAACAAGAGUAACUUAUCCUGAGUCUGGCUUCAGCAACUGGAAGGAUGAUGGUGCUGGUGAAGGUGGGGAAUCCACAGUCUUUUUCUGUCGAGGAUAAUUUGAGGAUUUUGUGUGAUAUAGCAGAGGAUAACUCAAGUAAUUGGAUAUAUAUUGUGGUGCGGAUGUCGUUGUCCUCUUUGUUGGCCAUACACCUGCAGUGCGUUUCUCAGCCCCCUUUAAGUAGCAACCAGUGCUGUGCUCUCCCCAGUGAAAAGUGAACAGGAGAGAUGUGCACCGUUGUCGGGCUGGGUCCAGAAAAUUUGUCAACAGGUGCUCUUACUUACUCUGCCAGCUAGACGAUGAUGAGAAGGUUCUGGAGAAGGCAAGGCUUCAAGAUGGAAGAUUCCUGAGUAGAGGAGAACCUCUGCUCCAUUGACUUAUAUAUCCACCCAGGACUGUAAUAUGGGAAAAAAAUAAACCUUUAUUGUUUGGA